CAACAGCAGCCACAGUACGACGCAGUACGAAAGACCAAUUGGAAGUUUAAAAAUUCCUAAAAACCACCAAAAAUAAUUUUUAUAGUCCGAUUGGGUUAUUUCGUGUUGUUGUAUAGUUAUACUUUUUUGUUUUGUUAUCGUUGUCGUUUUUGCCAUUAAGCAAUAAAAAAAAAUGUUCUGCAAAUUGGUGCUCUUGUCAUUCGUCGCCGUAUCGAUGGCCAAACCACAACAUCAACAGGCCGCGCAGUAUCCGGCUGGUGUGAAUCCACAGGACUGUCCCGGUUUCCCGAUCUGUGAUAACGCCCGUCUGCACAACCCACAACCACACUGGGGUGCACCUGCUCCCUCUUGGCAGCCGCAACCACAAUGGCAACAACCACAACCACAAUGGCAACCACAACCUCACUGGGGUGCACCUGCGCCCUCCUGGCAACCGGCACCAGCGCCUAGCGCUGGCGGUGACAAAUUCCCAGCUGGCGUGAAUCCUCACACCUGCCCCAACUAUCCGUUCUGCGAUGUGAAUGCUGGCCAUCAUGGCGCUGUCGCUGCGCCACCACUACCCGGCUGGACCGAGCGUCAGUACCCGGCUGGCGUGUCGCCACAUACGUGCCCCAACUUCCCAUACUGCAACUAAAUUCACGCACUGCUAUAGUCGCGGCUACCAGCGGCUACAGACCGUCGGACGAAGUCCCGCUACCAGAAUCCUAUCUAAACUCACCAUUCAACCAGUCCACUGCCUGCCCCCCCCCACGUCAACAAACUUCAAUACCACACCCACAAUCUUUCGCUUUCUUCCUACAGCGCCUGAAGUUCUCAAUGCUAUUGUACAGAUGGAGUUUGUUGUUGGUCCAUAAGUAAAUAAAAUGUGCAUUUGGAAUUCUUUUUGUCCUUUUAA